CCCAAAUAAAACCAACCACCAUUUUCCCCCCCUUCUUUCUCAACCUCCAUAAAUUCUUCCCUCUCCCCUCCUUUUUAUUAUUUUUUUUUUCUUGCCAUUUUUUACUUCUUUUUUUCAGUCGAUCCCUUCCUAGUUUCUACCCUUUUUCGUGUUAUAUUAUUUCUUUUGAUUUUAUUUUUUGUUAAAUAGCGUAGAGAGAUUAUUGUGAUUGUUAAUCGCCCUAUUCAACAAUGUCGACUGAAAAGGAGAGAGAGACUCAUGUUUACAUGGCCAAGCUCGCUGAGCAAGCCGAGCGCUAUGAAGAAAUGGUUGAGAGCAUGAAGCAAGUUGCAAAACUUGAUGUUGAGCUGACCGUGGAAGAGAGGAAUCUUCUAUCUGUUGGGUACAAGAAUGUUAUUGGUGCCCGCAGAGCUUCAUGGCGGAUCAUGUCCUCUAUCGAACAGAAGGAGGAGUCUAAGGGAAAUGAGCACAAUGUUAAACUCAUCAAAGACUAUCGCCAGAAGGUUGAGGAUGAGCUCACUAAGAUUUGCAGUGACAUCCUCACAAUCAUUGACGAGCAUCUGAUACCAUCCUCUGGCUCCGGAGAAGCCACUGUUUUUUACUAUAAGAUGAAAGGUGAUUAUUUCCGAUAUCUGGCUGAGUUUAAGACUGACCAAGAGAGAAAAGAAGCUGCUGAGCAGUCACUGAAGGGCUAUGAGGCUGCUUCUGCAACUGCCAACACGGAUCUUCCUUCAACUCACCCAAUUCGUCUUGGGCUUGCUUUGAACUUCUCUGUGUUCUACUAUGAGAUUAUGAACUCUCCUGAAAGGGCUUGCCACUUGGCUAAGCAAGCUUUUGAUGAGGCUAUUUCAGAGCUGGACACAUUGAGUGAGGAGUCAUACAAAGACAGCACCUUGAUUAUGCAGCUGUUGAGGGACAAUCUCACUCUCUGGACCUCUGAUCUGCCAGAAGAUGGCGGUGAGGAUAAUCCAAAAAGUGAAGAAUCCAAGCCAGCAGAGGCUGCUGAGGUUAAUAAUGAAUCAUUUCAUACCUCCAAAUAAUAUUACCUACUUACUUAGACACCUGAUCCGUAUCUUUUCCGCAGCAUUGAGGCAUACUAAAGAGCUCUGCAUUCAGUCAUUAGAUACACAAGCACUCGGAAAAGGUCUUUCAAGUCAGCUCUCAAUCAGGCUUUGAAAUUUUGUCAAUCUAUUCGGAUCCAUCACCAAGACAAGAAGACUCUCUUAAGUUUACAUCUCAAAAUGCGCUUUGCCUUUUAGUUAAAUUGCAGCUCAUACCCCUAUCUUCUUCGUGUAACCUUUUAAAUCUUUUCGUGGAACAUAUUACUCAGUGACAGAAUAUAUACAUACAUAUAUUGUCUAUCAUGUUCUUUCUUUAAUC